AAUCCUCAAUUCCAAUCCUCAAUUGUUCAUUUUAUCUGUUUCCCAACCCCCUAAUCGAUACCGUGUGUGCUGUGAGUGUGCAAGAUGCCUAAGAAGAAGGCACAACCACUGCCACUAAUUGGCUGCAAUAUCGCAUUGAGUGGCACCUUUUCAGCUGGAUCUCAUGGUGUGAUUCAAGUUCAACUGGCCGGCCUUGGUGCAGAUCUUGCCGGAUCGAUCGCCGACAGCACCAGCCAUCUCGUUACAAUCCAACGUGACUACGACAAACCCUCUGUGAAAGUGAAAGCUGCUCUAGAGAAAAACGUACAAAUCAUUAGCUAUGAUUGGGUCAAGGAAUGCGUUGCGAGCAACUCCAAAGUGCCCGAGAAAAAUUAUCUGUUCACGUCAUUGAUUGUCGAUGUCCUCUCGCAGUCCAACGGCCUUCUAAAGCGGGAACCCUCACCAGACAUCUCUGCUGACGAGAAUGUGAAGCCUCCGACAAAAAAGAAGAAGAGUUUCAAUGAUCCCAAGACCGUAGGCAAGGUCGAUGUCAAGGCUAAGACGGCAGGCAAGGCUGAUGUCAAAGUCAAGACCCAAACUAAACUGAAGAGUGAAGUCAAGUCUGAGACCGAAGCCAAAAGCGGCCGGAUCACAGAUAGUCAGGUUGCAAAGUCACUCGAUGUCAAGAUUCCGCUUGACGAAGGCUGUAAUCUCAGCUACGAUGUCUACAUUCACGACGACGGUAUCAUUUAUGAUACCUCCUUGAAUCAAGCCAAUGCAACUGCCAACAACAACAAGUUCUAUCGCGUCCAGGUUCAACGAAAUCGCUACGGUGGAGAUUUCAAGACGUGGACGAGGUGGGGCCGGGUUGGCGAACAUGGCCAGAGCGCAUAUCUUGGUAAUGGGACUCUAGCAGAUGCUAUCCGUCAUUUCGAGAAGAAGUUCAAAGAUAAAUCCGGCCUUGCGUGGGCUGACCGAAGAAAAGAUCCCAAACCGGGCAAAUAUGCUUUUAUCGAACGUAACUACAGCUCUGAUUCCGAUGAUUCCGAUGAUGAUGCCAAAGCGAACGGAGUCAAAAACGAACCCACGGAUGAAUUGGCGAUCCCGGAGUCAACACUUCCCCCUGCAACGCAGCAAUUAAUGGAGCUGAUUUUCAAUCAACAAUACUUUGACGCUACGAUGAGUGAUCUUAACUACGAUGCGAACAAGCUUCCCCUUGGAAAACUUAGCAAGGCCACAAUUACUCGUGGUUUUCAAACACUCAAGGACCUCGCUGCUCUUUUAGAUGACCCAACAUUGGCCGCCAGCUAUGACAUGAAUUACAGUGACGCCACUGAGCAUUUUUCGAAUCUUUACUAUACUGUCAUCCCCCACGCGUUUGGUCGUAAUCGACCACCCAUCAUUCGAUCUACAGAAUUACUCAAGAAAGAGAUAGAGCUUCUGGAGAGCCUUGGGGAUAUGAGGGAUGCGGCUCUCAUCAUGAAGCCAAAGGACCGGGAUGCCGAGCAAAUCAAUCUUUUGGACAGGCAGUUUCAGGGCCUAGGAAUACAAGAGAUGACACCUCUGGGCCCCAAAAGCAGCGAAUUUGUAGAGUUGAAGAAUUACCUACUCUGCACUCGAGGCGCAACCCACAAUCUCAACUGUAAGGUGGAGCAGAUUUUCAGGAUUGAACGCGAGGGAGAAAAAGAGCGGUUCGAAAAAGGCGACUUUGCAAGCACAGCUGGUGAUCGACGUCUCCUGUGGCAUGGAUCCCGCUGUACAAACUUUGCUGGAAUUCUCAGCCAGGGGCUACGCAUCGCUCCCCCAGAAGCACCGGUAUCGGGCUACAUGUUCGGAAAGGGAAUCUACCUGGCCGACAUGUCCUCCAAGUCAGCCAACUACUGCUGCCCGUACAUUUCCAACGGCCACGCGCUCCUUCUGCUGUGCGAGGCGGAAUUGGGAAAACCCAUGCAAGCAUUGACUGAUGCCUCGUACAGCGCCAGCGAGGAUGCUACGAGCAAGGGCUUGCUAUCCACAUGGGGCCAAGGCUCGACUGGGCCCAAGGCGUGGAAGGAUGCUAAUUGUGUUAAUCCGUCUUUAGAUGGAGUUCUCAUGCCUGAUACGACGAUUGCACCGGGAGCUACUGAUGUUAAAGAUGCGUACCUGAUGUACAACGAGUAUAUCUGCUAUGAUGUCGCUCAGGUUCGACUUCGAUAUCUGUUCCAAAUCAAGAUGUGAGGGCGAGAAUAUUGGCUGGAUGUAUGCUUGAGCGGGAGUCUGAGGGGUUACUAUUGACUGGAUAUAUUCUUGAACGGGAGUCCCGGGGGGGUUGACACGCCAGUUAUUUAAGCUAUCUGUCGCUUGAAAAUAGCUAUCUUGCUCUGCUCUGAACCUUGCUCUAAGCUAAUUCUAGAUAUUGUCUUCACUCUGUUCGCGUAUAGUGGCUGUAUCUAUUAUACAACCCUGUAGCGGCGUCGUUACUCUCUUAUAGUCUGUAGCUAAAGCGACGCUUAUUGUGGUUGACAGACUUUAUUGUCAUUUGGGAAUUGUUAUAAACUCUUAUAAUGACGUUUGCCGCACGGGCCCUGCCUGCCAACACCAGUGUAGUUCAAGCACCAUCAUUUAUUGUCAUGGCCUCUUUAAAACCACCCAUCAUCCAC